GGAAGGUACCCGGCCAGUCGCUCUGCCGCUGUUGCCAUGGCGACGUCGUCGACCUGCCUGGAGUUGAGGCGCCUGGCUGAGGAGGCCUCUUCCCUGGCCAGCGUCGUCCGCGGCUCUUUGGGACCCCAAGGAGGGCAAGUCCUGCUGACCCGCCCGACGGGGGAGGUUCUCCUCUCGCGGGACGGAGGGCGAGUGCUGCGGGCCCUGAACCUGGACUCCCCGACGGCCAGAAUGAUGAUCGCUUGCCUUUCCACUCACUGCGAUUUGGUUGGAGAUGGUGCAAAAACCUUUAUUAUCCUACUCUCCGCUUUAUUCCAAGAGAUUGAAAGACUCAGCAAAGGAAGCAAUGCCUACUUUUGCGAGACUCUUCAAGGAAGGAAUAAAUAUAAAGAAAAAGGUUACAUGAAGAAGCAAGUUUCUCAGUUUCUUAGUGUGUUCCAAGAGAAGAUCCUGGACCCCUUAGUGACCCAGAAACUUGGAAAACAUUUCCAAACUGUUUUUUCUGCUCUUGAUACAGAAAUAAAUAGGAGCACACUGAAGUUGAUACUAGAAGCCUAUUUUUGUGGGAAAGUAGGCUACAACAGGCAAAAAUUUAUGUGCCAACUGGCCUAUAAUUUCUUCUUCAAAACUACAGCUGGAAAAGACAGGAAUGAAGUACUACCUUUGGUAGAUAAAUACUUCUCUGAGUUGCAUACUACUGUGGCAGGGCUUCCGGUUUCAGAUUCACAGAUCCUAGAUGGACUUGUUCUUCUUAGAGACUUUGCAGUUUACUGUCCUUCAGAUGGUGACAAAAAGGUCCUCAUCAUAACAGAGCCUAUCCACUCUUCUGUUUCUCAGUUGGGUAUAGAAGUUGCCAUAAGUGGUGAAAGUCAAUAUGAGGCAUCUGAACUCUGGAUUACAAAAAGGACAAAAGCGCUAAUGAAGCACCUGCAGGACAAUAACAUCGGAGUCGUAUUGUCAAGCAUAAAACAACAUGAAAUCGUUCACUACUGUGCAAAAAAUAGUGGCAUAUGUGUCGUGGAGUGCCUUUCAAGAGACGAAAUCUCUCUUAUAUGCAGAAUUACCAACAUUUCGCCAUUUCAGCCAUCUCUAGACAAUAUUUGCAGUGAAAUCACUGAAACAGCUAUAGCAACAUUUUGCAAGCCAUUACAGAUUGGUACCAAAAUAUUUGUUCACAUUAAUUUUGCAAGAACUUGUGCCCUUCAACCCUGUUGUGUGGUUUUCUGUGGACCGGUGCAUGGACUUAAUGAGCAACAUGCUUGUGCUUUCUAUGGAGGGUUCAAAAUGCUACAGCAUCUGUUUGCAACCAUCCAUUUAACUGAGUGUUGCCAUUCUAAACCUCAGAGUCAAAAUCUUCCAAAUGCUGUAAAUAAUCUUCAGGAGUGCCCAGCUGUGCAGCAGCGUUUUGUUGAGAUGCAAAUAGAUUGUAAUAGCAAUGAAGCCAACACCAGGGAAUUGAAACCUUGUGAGUUUAAAAUGGAAGCACUUUCUAAAAGUGAAGAUGACUUACUGGCAUCAUCGCAAAAAUAUCCAAAGGAAGAGCACAGAGCAUCUGAGAAUGCUAUUUUGGAAGAUGACCAGUUUGUCUAUCCUGGACUAAAGGAUAAGAACAGUUCAAGCAAUGUACAUGGCCAACUGUUUAAUGGGGAAAAUUGUACCCAGUCCAGUCGUGCUGUUUUAAUUAAAUGUGAAGAGAAUAAGAAGACUGAUAUCCAUAGACAUACCAACUUUUGCAUAAAGGCAGGUUCAGUUGUGCCAGUAGGAGGAGUCUUUGAGAUCCUAUUAAAUUAUUAUCUGUCUUGCUAUGCAAAGCAAUGCCAGUCGCCAAACAUAUCGGUUCUUUGUACUCUGAUUGCUGAUGUAUUGCUCACUGUUCCAAAAGCACUUUGUAGGACACAGAAAAGGAGUGUUUUUCCUCAGCUGUACCUUGAAGUCACCACUGCCCUCAGGAAUGAUCAGCAGAUUCUGCCAAACCAAAAGUACCUAGAAUCAGUAUCUUGUAAGUACCAGUUAAUAGUUUCUGUCCUUCAUUGUGCAGCUACACUCCUCAGAAUUGAUCUGAUCAUUGGCAUUAAAACGCUACCUCAAACAGCUGAAGAAAGUAACUCAGACAGUGACAUGUGAAGGUGGACUUAUUAUAGGCAAGUCUUCAAUGUAUGCUUAGUGAUUGAUAGAACUUCUAAUUAGUUUUUCCUGGGCUUGAAUUAUUGAUGUCCAUUUGCUAUUCAGCCCUGAGAGCAUUCAUACCAUUUUAACAGGGAGUUAAAUAUCAACAGUGAAGUAUUGUGUAGUUUCCAGGCUGAAUUGUCAUGUAAUAGCAGCAUUUUCUCCUGACAUUUCGGCUGCAUCUGUGGCUGGCAUCUUCAGAGGAUCUGUGAUUGGCAUCUUCACAUCCUCUGAAGAUGCCAGCCACAGAUGCAGAUGAAAUGUCAGGAGAAAAUGCUGCUAGAACACGGCCAUAAACCUGGAAACUACACAACAAUCCAGUAAUUCCAGCCAUGAAAGCUUUCAACAAUAUAUCAAAGGAAAUGUAAGGGCUGAGGCUACAACUCUAGAUUUGCUUACCAGGGGAUAAGGUCCUGUGAACUCAACAAGACUAAUAGUUUAAAUGUAUAGGUUUGCAAAGAGAGGAUAUUUUAACCUUCUGUUGUUUUUUUAAAAAAGUAAUGGACCUAGCCAGUUCCUAGAGUAACCGUUUCCCAGGCUGUGUGUCAGUGAAAUUGUGGAAUACUCUGUAGGCAGGACUGUUUUCUGUGGGGGAACGAUGUGUGCUAGUAUUUUUUCAUGUUGCAGUGUUUAAUCUGCAAAAUAUAACUUUGUCUGUGGAAUUAAUAACUUUGUUCUUAUUUGUUCCUGGAAAACUAAAUAAAAUCCUGCUUCAAGUG